AUGAGUACAAUUCCUGGCACUCCCAUAGUGACAACCACAUUAACACCCUCACCAGUUCUUCCUUCUCCUCCUUUCUUAGACCUCAGUUCUGAGGUACCAACUCCUACCAGUCUGGUAUUCUUUGAAUUGUUGUUGGGCAUGACUAGAUUGCCUUUGACCUCCUCAAGAUCAUCUGGUAUGAGUGUCAGUGCGUCUCUCUCCACGUCGAGCUGGAUAGUUGAGCCAGAACAACCAAGGGAAUUGGAAGAUGAAGAAGCAAUGAGGAUGAGUCAGAUGUCGACUGAACCAAGCUUGUUGAGUACACCUAGGGCUUCUAGAAUGGGUUCAGUAGUCAGUGACCAGAGCUUGAGUACAAUCAUGCCUUCGACUUCGAUCAGUGUCAGCACUCCAGCUCCAGCUAGUGCUGCUCCUCCUGUAGUGAUAAAUUCCCCCACAACCUGGUGGAAUGAUGCCCAGUGGAAUGAUGCCAGGCAUGGUUCCAACCAUGUCAUCUACCAGUGGAAGGAGGAGUCCGGCGCAUGUGGUCGUUCAUACAACACCGUCAAGACAGUCUGGUUGGUUGUCUAG